GGAAGACUACUCCCCUCUACCUUACAUUGCUUUUCCCCUCUCUCUCUCUCUAUAGAAAGAAUUUCUCUUUUUGGCUUGAAUUCUGUUUUCUCUCUCUCGCUAGGGUUUUUUGGCAUUUCUUGAGGAAUUGAGGAUUCGUCGUCGUAGCUCGCUGGAUCGUUGAUUCGCAAGUUGUUGUUAGGUUGGAUGCUCAAUCCUGAAAGGUUACUUCUAAUAAGUUCUAGUGUUCACCUGUGUUGGUAAAGAGGAACUAUUUGAGGUUGGAAGUUAUUAAGCAACUUUUGUUGCCAUUUCCUGUUAUUCGUUCAAAGGAGCAUCUAAUCGGAAGCAGCCGUAUAUGAUAUUUGUGGAGCUGAUAGUAAUCUUCAAUAAUUGCUUUCAAGUAGCAUCAGCCUGCUUGCAGUUUCUGCGGUAUUCUGCAGUCAAUAGAGAAUUUUUUUGUGUCCAUGCUGGCGGAGAGCAUGCGUGGAAUCUGUGCUUUGGGUAAUGCCCCUGACGAGAUUUGUUGCUGAUGCACUUGGUGUGGUGACGAUUUUUCUUGUUGUUGUACUGGUCCUUCUGGGUUUAUUUUGCAUUGUAUAUUCAUUUUACUUCCGCAGUUGGAUUCGUGGGCAAGGUCUGAUUCAGCUUAAUUACUUCAGUGGUCCUUGGAUUAUCAGAAUUACAUACAUCUUUUUUGCAGUCUGGUGGGGUUUUGGUGAAAUUAUUCGUUUGAAUCUGUUGAGACGCAAAGGGAGAGUCUUGGAUGCCCUGACUUUGCAAUGGCAGCAAAAUGUUUGCAAAUGCUACAUUGUUUCGAACCUGGGUUUUGCAGAGCCAUGCCUUUUUCUUACUCUCAUUUUUCUUCUCCGUGCAUCUCUACAGAGGUCUGGAACAUUAGGUCGGAAGUGGAACAUGAAAACAGCCGGUUUUGUUCUUCUUUAUUGCUUUCCGAUGUUCAUUCUUCAGCUUGUAGUUAUUUUAGUUGGACCAGAGUAUAAGAAGGAGCACAAUCCCAAACUACCUUCUUAUUUCAUCAAAGCAGCUUCUUCGCCCAAGUCCAAUGGUGGUAUUGCCCUCUGCACUUACCCUCUAUUGAGUACCCUCUUUCUUGGUCUUUUUGCUACCGUGCUAACUGCCUACUUGUUCUGGCUUGGUAGACGAAUUCUUCAUUCGGUCAUCAAUAAGGGUCUGCAAAAGAGAGUGUACACAUUAAUUGUUUCUAUUUCUAGUUUUUUCCCAUUAAGAGUUGUUCUGCUUGGUUUGUCCGUCCUAAGUGAUCCAGAAAGACUUGUGUUUGACGCCAUAGCAUUCUUGGCUUUUCUUUCCCUUUUAUGUUGUGCCGGGGUGGGUAUCUGCUUGCUUGUAUACCUUCCCGUUGCAGAUUCUUUAUCUUUGAGGAGUCUGCAAGGAGAUAUUGAGGCUAGGAGAGGGGCCGGUAACGAAUGCAACGACACCAUUUCAUUAAUUGCUAAUCAGAGUCCUCCUGGAGGAAGUAUGGUAAGUAGUCCUGGGAGAAACUCAACAUCUUCAGGAAAACGUGGAUCGAUUUCUUUCCGGACAAUGGAAAAGGAUGAAGCCUCUGGAGCAGCAUUUGUGGAACUGAGCCUCUUCAAUCCUAGUCAGCAUUCAACUCCACCUGGGUCACCUAGACUUCUCGGCUGGCCUAUGAUCCCUUCUGCACAAGGUCAGGGAUCCUAAUGCUGCUGAGAGGAUGCGGUGUCAAGCAUUUUUGUGGUGAACUCAAAACUGUUUGUAAAGGAUUUUUAGCUUUUUAAUAAUGAUUUGCUAAUUUUGGUUUUGGUUUUGGUUUUGAGAUAGUUGUUUGCUUGUUAUCCACCUGAUUUUUUUGGUGGCACUCUUGAUCUGUAUCUUUUAAAAUUCUGUUGUUAUGUCAAUUUUACAGCUUUACUGAUGAUCCAAAUGCUGCUCCUUACGAAAA